UGUGUAUUACAGGAUUAUUAUUUGUGUUGAUUACAUGUGUAAAUACAUUACAAUAUACGGGACAACAAAAUAUUGUUUUUCAAUCAGGUGCAUAUGAGGGUAUUAAUAUACAAAUUGCGGAUAAUUUAAUGCCAAAUAAUUGUAAAACGAUUUUGAGUAACUUAGAGGCAACAUUAACAACUGCAUCCCAUUAUCUAUUCACCGCGUUAGAUGGUCGAGCAUUUUUUCAAUCCAUUAACGUAAUACUACCCACAUCAUGGCCAGAUACAUGUAUACCAGGAGGAAGUCGUGUUUCACCUGCUACAAAUAGUUAUAGUGAUAUAACAAUACAACGGCGUGUUACACCAGGUGGUACAAUUCCAGCAUGGACACAACAAACAGGCGGUUGUGGUGAACCAGGAAAUCAAAUAUUCCUCAAUUAUGAUACGUUGGAGAAUUAUUCAAACUCAUUGGGACGGACAAUUGUUAAAGAAUGGGCUAAAUAUCGUUAUGGUGUUUUUGAUGAAAUUGGUUAUCAUAAUGAUCCCGUUUACCCAAUGUGUUAUAUUAAUGAUCAGGAUAAGAGUCAAAAGAUUACUGGAUGUUCGGAUUUCCCAAUUAAUGACAAUGGAUUAUGUGCCGAUCCUUCAUUAACAUAUAAUGUCUCAGCAUUAAUUGAUGAAAGAGCACGGACAUCAAUUAUGUUUGCAGCCGAAGCCCCAACAAUAUCAAUGUUCUGCGACGAUGGUAACCAUAAUAAAAUGGCACCAACCAAACAUAAUUUCCUUUGCAACGGUCGAAGUACAUUGGAUGUAAUUUUAAAACAUGAUGACUUCUUGAAUAAAAAUCUUGCAUUCAAUGAAACCGAAGACCCAACGAAAAAAGUAAUCGAUACACGUCCUCUAUUUGUCUACAAAAAACAUCAACUUACCCGAUACGUUUUAAUUAUUGAAGAUACUAAAGAUAUGUUAUUACGUGAAUCAUGGAGUUUCUUACGUCAUGCUAUUCGUAAGUGGGCUGUUUUUGACUUGGCAGAAAAUACAGAAGUUGGUCUUGUACUAGCCAAUGAAACAGCAGCAAGUGUUCUAUUAAAAAUCAGUUCAUUAAAAGAUCAUCGGGCUAGAGAUUUAGUUGCAUCAAAUAUUCCAUACACACCAAGUGAUUCACGAUCAGGAUGUUUGAGAUGCGCUAUCGAAGAAGCUAUCACUAUGUUAACUGACCGUAGCAGAGUACAUGGUGCAGCUAGUUCAGUUAUAUUAGUAAUUGCACCAGGUAUGGACUAUACAACUGAUUCCGUCUUAACAUCAAAAGCAAAAGCAUCCGAGAUUCGUAUCAGUACAAUUAAUUAUCCAAAUAUUUUACGUCAACAACCCUUGGAUAUUUUGGCCGAAGAAACUGGAGGUGUUGCAUUUUCGGUAUAUGAAGAAAAACAUAACAAUAUUAAUUCACAUUUUUCGACAUAUUUCAAACUUACCAACGUUUUAUACAACAUUGCCGAAAUCUAUUUUGAAAGUGGAGAAUCCCGUAUGCCAAUUGAGAUUCACCGCCGUGAAAUUACCGAUGAUGGCCGUAACUCCGUAACAGGAGGUUUUGUUUUAUCGUCUGAAUUAGGUGAACCUGCAAGAUUCUCCGUUUUUACCCACAACAGUGAAAUGCCAUUGAUUCGAAGUAUUACCCUAGUGAGCCCUAGCCAAGUAACAUAUUCCACACGAAGUGAUAGCUUGUUAAGUGUUAAAUUGCUUACCGUUCCUGCCAAUAUAAACGAGACUGGUACUUGGACAUACACAAUUGAACGCUUUGCAGAAAAUCCUCAACCACAUUAUGUUCAAGUAUUUGCGACACCAAAAUCACAUAAUGUAAAUGCAGUUACAGCCAAAUUCUGGACUCGGCGUGUACAAAAUGGAAGCAUAUUCGUAUUGUACACAGAAGUUAAACGUGGUUUUAAUCCUGUAUUAGCUGCCAAAGUUGAAGUCACUGUUAGUCGCACUGAGAAUAAUGGAACUACAAUUAAAAAAGAACGAUUUGAAUUAUUGGAUACGGGCAAUGGUGAACCAGAUAUUGUGAAAGGUGAUGGAGUUUACACACGUUAUUAUAACACAGCCGCUGGAGGUCCUGGAACAUACACUUUUGAAGUAACAGUCACCGAUAAUGGAAAUGCGUAUGCAAAGACUGAAGCAAUUUCUAAGCCAAAUGAUAAGCCAUGUUGUGGAAGUUCAAUCCCAACAUCAGCAGUAUCUCCUCUAGCAUCAUUCCAACGCUUUUUACCACCCGUUACAGUGCACGUUACCGCCGAAGAUAUAGCAAAUUCGAUACCACAAAUUGGACGUAUCGGUGAUUUACGUGUCCAUAUUUUAAACGAUGAAUUAAAAGCACGUUUAAUAUGGACUGCUCCAGACAUGGGAGGCACAAAUGUGGCUCGAUAUGAAAUUAAAUACGCAAACAGUGUGGAAGAUAUCACCGAUAAAUACGAAACAGCAGCUGUUAUGUGGAAUAGUGGUUCACCAUUCCCUCUAGCAGCUGGAUCUGAAACUACAUUUACAUUAGAUCUAAGUCAAGAUCCAUCAUUCUUAGAUCAACCAUUAUAUUUUGCUAUUCGAUCCUACGCCCUAUUAACAAUGAAUGCACCAGCAAGUCCCGUUUCAAAUUGGGUACGAAUCUUUGUUCCUUCACCAGUAAUUCCAUCAACAGUACCUCCAACAUUCGAAUCCCCCGAUUUAUCUUCAUGGCCAUAUGAGAAUGAACAAGGACUUGAACCAGACGUCAUUCCACAAAUUGCAAAACGUUUCGAUUUCGGUGUGGAAUUAUUAUUGCCAAUUAUUGGCGGUAUUCUCCUUUUGGCAAUUUUAUUGACAGUCUACUGUUAUUUCUGUGUUUUACGACGCCAUGAUAACACCGAAAAGAAAUCACCAAAACAUUCAACCAACAAAGCAUUAUCGGGAAUAACAAUUGUGCCACAAAGUCCACAAAAUGGGAACACUUUAAAUCAUGAAUCCCCAACGCGAAACUAUAUUGCGGCAAAUGAUAUGAAUGAUCAUCAUACGAUUGGUUUACCGAUUAAUUAUACAAUGGAUGAAGAACCUAAAAAACGGUAUUCGAUUGUUCAACAACAGGAAGCUCAAUUAAUUGAGGAAUUAAAACAGCAACAGAUUCAACACCAACAACAACAACAACGGGAAUUCAUGCAAACACCUAAUCAAAUGGGAAAUGUUAGUGUAAUCUCAAAUAAUACACUGCAACGAAAUGGUGGUCGUAUCUUAAGUCCGUACGAAUCAUGGACUGCAUCACAAUUGUUGUACGAACACGAGCGCCGUAACAGUCCCAUGGAAGAUAUGAUGAACCAACAAACUCAAUUAAUUAGCCAAGAUCAAAACGAUCAUAUGUCAAUAAACGAUCAUAUGUCACUAAAUGGUGAACAAGAUCCAAAUAUGGCUAUUAUGAAUGGACAAAAAAUUCAAAUUGGUAAUGAUAUUUAUGGACAAAAUAUUAUUGCUCCACCGGUACCCCCUUUACCUACGUAUAGUGCAAAUGGUUAUCCAAUAAAUUAUCCAAUUUAUGGGGUACACCAUAAUAUUCAUUCAGCACCAAAUACGUUAUAUCAAACGCAUAAACAAAGUAGUAAUCUAGCUCCAUUUAAUCCAAGUUUACAAGGAUCAUUAAAUUCAGUAAAUAAUAGUGAAAAGAAACGACGGAAUGUAACAAUGGUUUAAGAAAAUUAAGUUUUUUUUGUUUCGUUUUAAAAAUUUUACAAAAGCCAUUAAUUGGAACUAGUCAAUAUACUAAUUUAAUAAAAGAAAUAUUGUUUUUAUAAAUGUAAAUAGACAAAUCUCUUAGAUCCAGUUUCACAAAAUCUCUAAUACGGCUCAAAUUAUAGUUAAUUAUUGAGUGUUUUCAACAAAUAAUUUUGAGACCCCAAAAAUAAUUUAAUAAUGCGUCUGAAAAGAAUCUGCUUGUCAAAUAAAUUUGGAAAAUGAAAUAAACCGCUCACUUUUUGCUUAAAUGUUUGACGUA